CGGCGGGGGCGGGUCGGGGUGACUCAGCCGGGAGCUGCCCCUUCCGUGGGCGCCGGGGGAACGCGGAGCCGCGCGGGGCGGUGGAGCGUCCCGUUCUGUAACCAAGAUGUGGCCGUCCGUGUCCAUCCUGUGUGUCCUGGUGGCCUUCACCAAUGCUCGCAGCCUUCCUUACUACCCUCCUCUCUCCAGCGACUUGGUCAACCACAUAAACAAGCUCAACACCACCUGGAAGGCAGGGCACAACUUCCACAACACUGACAUGAGCUAUGUGAAGAAGCUCUGUGGCACCUUCCUGGGUGGGCCCAAGCUCCCUGAGAGGGUAGAUUUUGCUGCAGACAUGGAGCUGCCUGAUAACUUUGACUCACGGACGCAGUGGCCUAACUGUCCUACCAUCAAUGAGAUAAGAGAUCAGGGCUCUUGUGGCUCUUGCUGGGCUUUUGGUGCCGUAGAAGCGAUUUCAGACAGAAUCUGUGUUCACACGAACGCCAAGGUGAGCGUGGAGGUCUCGGCAGAGGAUUUGCUGUCGUGUUGCGGCUUUGAGUGCGGCAUGGGGUGCAAUGGUGGUUACCCCUCUGGCGCGUGGAGGUACUGGACAGAGAGGGGCCUUGUGUCUGGGGGUCUCUACGAUUCCCAUGUGGGCUGCCGUCCCUACUCCAUCCCACCCUGUGAGCACCACGUCAACGGUUCCCGGCCACCGUGCACCGGGGAGGGGGGGGAAACCCCCAGGUGUAGCCGGCACUGUGAACCCGGCUACUCGCCCUCGUACAAGGAGGACAAGCACUACGGCAUCACAUCCUACGGUGUCCCUCACAGUGAGAAGGAAAUAAUGGCUGAGAUCUAUAAGAACGGCCCGGUGGAAGGAGCUUUUAUUGUCUAUGAGGACUUCCUGAUGUACAAGUCUGGGGUCUACCAGCACGUGUCCGGGGAGCAGGUUGGAGGCCACGCCAUCCGGAUCCUGGGCUGGGGGGUGGACAACGGCACUCCGUACUGGCUGGCCGCCAACUCCUGGAACACCGACUGGGGGGACAACGGCUUCUUCAAAAUCCUCCGAGGAGAGGACCACUGCGGCAUCGAGUCCGAGAUCGUGGCUGGCAUCCCCAGCACGGAGCAGUACUGGAAGAGGGUGUAACCCUCUUGAUCAAACCACAAAUAAUCCUCAGUCCCCGAUGCUUUUAACUGAUAGCGGGUUGGGUGCAGAGCCCCCCCUUCUAAGAGACUAUAGUUGAGGUUACUUUAUUAAAGCUUUUUAUCUUUUUUUUUUUUUUUAGUGUUUUUUUUUGUUUUGUUUUUUUUUUAAAAUUGUAUGGUGGAGCUGGAGGUGGAACUGCUCUCUGCAAGCCCUCUGCUCCUGGUGGGUCGCAGCAAUGGGGCAUUCCCUGCUCAAAGGACUGCCGGAGGGCUCACUGGCCUCUUGUGCCAUGGUAUUUGGUUAGCCCAGACCCCUUCCAGCCCAGUCUGUUACUGGGAGGGCAGGAAGCAGACUUGGUGGGAAGCCAUGGCCAGGGGUGAUUUGUGCACCUCUGGCUGGGUUGGUUUGACUGUUAGCACCUGAAACAAGCAAGGUAUAUUAGUGUGUGCCUUGAAUUGGCUAAACUUAGACCUAUUGAUGACAAAAUACUGACGAACUUGAUGUGGGGCUGGCUCUGGCUGGAGCUGUGUUAAGGCCCCUUCAUGCCUGCAACAAGUCCUUUGUGCAUCGCUUGCUCUGCUCUAUCCAUUCAGCAGCUUUUUAAACCACUUGUUCCUCAGCUGCCUGCUUUUACUUUUUUUCUGCUGUAGUCUGGGGUUAUUGAUCCUAAAGAAGGGCCUGGCUGGAGCUCCAUGAGCCUUUGAUCAAAUGUCCUGCAAGCAUCUUAAGAGCAUGCUGGAAAGAGCAAACCACUUUUCAUCCGUGGCUGGGCAGCUUGGUGGGUACAGGGGGGUCAGGCAUUGGCAAGGGGUGCUGCAUCCAAAAUUGGUGUAGUGCUUUGGGACUGCAGGUGUUGAAUGGUGAGCAGAGAUGAGGGAUGUGCCCCAGGUCUGCUGCAGGGAGCUCAUGCAGAUGCUUGGAGGUACCUUGCUAACUUGCACACAAUUGAAGCUUUUUUUUUUUAGCCACAGGUGUUAAGGAGGAAGAAAAAAAACCUUAUUUUUGUUACUAUGGGGAGGUGUAAUAACUGUGUAGGAGGAAUCAUGUGAUUUGCCAACACUAAUAUAGAGUAAGAGCUUUUUUUUUUUUUAAUUUUAAAGCACAAAGUGUAUUUCUGAGCUUGAGGCUACAGGCCUGAAAUGUGUAAAGCAGGCUCUCCCUUGCACUGUAAAAUAGCCCCUUACCUCCACUUACUCAGACACCAGUGAGACAGAACUGUGGUGUAUGUGAUUGGAACAACUGUGCCAAUAAAUGAUUUCUCCAA